AUGGCUGGGUAUCCUCCGCCCUACGGUGUUCCUGCGGUGCACUAUGUCCCACAAACCUAUUACGCUGCUGGUUACGUUCCGUCGGCGGUUCAACAAACCAUACCUGUACCCACCUUUCAGCCGGCCUCAUCGAACACGUGGGUCGAGCACACAUCACACGAUGGCCGCAAAUAUUACUAUAACACAAUAACUAAGGUUACAACGUGGGAAAAGCCCGACGAACUCAAGACGGCAGCCGAGCGGUUGCUUGCGCUUUGUCCAUGGAAAGAGCAUAAGUCGGAAUCUGGGAAACCUUAUUAUUACAAUACCCAGACGAAACAGUCUGUGUGGACUAAACCGCAAGAGCUUGCUGAUGCAGAAGCCAACGCGCUAUCGGCUGACAGCUCGGCGUCUGGGCUGGCCCCUGCGUCCUUGCCAUCUAUUGCUGCCGUCGGGACACCCAUUACACCCGCAACCCCGAGUGAUGAUCCCAAGCCCAAUGAGCCGUCCGCGAUGGAAAUCGCCAUGAAAGCAACACUUGCUUCUAUUGGUACGGAUAAAUCCUCAGCCAACAGCCAGGACCUUAAUUCUUCCAAUAUCCCUCUCCCCCCACAGAAUGCGGACCAUGAAGUCAAGCUUGAUCUUCCCCCAACGCACGACGAUUCUCGAAAAGGAACAAGCUACGUCACAGAAACCCCUCCUCCCCCACCUACUCCUGCUGCCCCUGAAUACAAAACACGUGGAGAAAUGGCUGAGGGUCUCCGCCAACUUUUUAGGGAAAAGGGUGUUCCAGGCAAUGCAACAUGGGAACAGGCUUUGAAGCUGAUCGGUGACGACCCGAGGUAUGCCGUUUUGCGGAACUUUGUUGAGAAAAAACAGAUAUUCAACGUGUACAAGACGCAACGCCAGAAAGAAGAGCGUGAAGAGCAAAGAAUGCAGGCGAAACAGGCAAAGGAAAAUCUUGAAAAGUUUUUGUUGCAAACGAAAAAAAUUCACUCGACGAUGUCAUACCGAAAAGUUGAUCAGGUUCUCUCUGACGUCCACGAGUGGACGAGUGUGCCUGACCACGACCGAAGGAUACUUUUCGCCGAUGCUAUUCAGGAGAUUGCCAAACGAGAAAAAGAGGAGGCGAAGACAUUGCGAAAGCGUAAUAUCAAGGUAUUUAAUGAAAUCCUAAAUACCAUGCCAAAUUUGACUUAUCGGACUACCUGGAGCGAGGCCCAGCAAAUGCUGUUGGACAAUUCCAAGUGAGUGCAGCUUCCUGUAAAUGUCUAUGAAGUUGAGUUUACCCUAUUGAAGCCAUUCAUUCGACCGUAUCCACGAGUGUGCGCAUUCCGCCUGUUGUCUUUUUUACUUUGACUGCCUUCUACGUUCUUUAAGUUCUUGUUGUGUUCGGCUAGUUAAUUCUGUUCAACAUCACCCCAACUCCCUUAUGAACUUCAAUUCAGACCCGAGCUUAAGCUCCUGCGCUCACUACGGCAUCGGACUUUCAAAAUUCAAAUGGGCUCACCACCAUUCUGUAAGCUAUUCAUUUAAGUGCUGACCUGAACAGCAAUUGCUGAAUAGUCUACCUGGCAUGUCUACGAGAAAUUUGCGUGACUAUAACUUUUCUGAGUUUGCCACAUUGUACUAGUGACUAAAAAAAAUAUUAUUUGAGGCGUUCGGACACAACUGUUUUUAACCGAAGUUUCUGUUUGAGUGCUUAACAAUGUAACUUCAUUUAUCUUGCGUGCGGAAGCCUACUCUGAUACCUGCAAUAUUUGCCACCGCCCUGUUUGAUAUACAUUGUUAUUGUCGUUUUUGUCAUCUUAAAUAUCCGGUUGACUAUUUCGAGAAUGCGCCUGAAAGUCAAGAUUUCCGUCGAGUAGGUAUAGUUGACCGUAGCUUAAGUCCCAAAGGUGAUUUCGGUCAGAUACCCUGAUUGAGUAAAUUCUUACGAUCAGAUGCCAAUUGUUAUAGGGCCUUAAAGCGAACGAGGAAGAUUGUGACUUCUGUGUAGAUACUAGUUGAUACUCUCCGACCAUUCAGUGGCUUGCCGAGUUUCCGUAGAUCUCACUCAGAUAUCCGUCUGGUCACACGUUUUUUUUCGCCGUGUCGAAGAUCAGUCAGACAGAGCUCAUAGUCGCAACCACUCCUCAAGUUAGACGUCAAGACUGGCUGUGUGCGCGAAUAUUUAUUUUUGUCGAACACUUAAGGCAAGCUACGUUGAGGACGAGCAGUUCAUGCGAAUGCGACCAGGCCUCCCCUCUGGGCAAGAAUAUUUGCCAGACUCCAAGUAGGCGCCGGGGUCAGCCAACGUCGACUUAUGCUGCAAUGAUUAAUUAACGCGGAGGUUAUGUUAGUUCGGCGUUUUGUGGCUGUGUACGCUCGCCAAACCCAAAGAGAGCCGUUCAGAAGUACGAUCAUUGCGCAGAACAUUUCGGUUGAUUUCGAAGAAAAGGUUCGGCAAUCGUCAUCAGCCCACUUAUUCAUAACGGUGUCUGAAUCUGCUGCGACCGAGGCAAGAAUAGUUGUGAUACAGGUCGUUUGUUAAACCCGGGCUAGAUACCCACCCACCCUUCCGUUACAAUAAGACACUCGGGCUGUUUUCUUGCUUCAGAAUGACUUCUAAGUACUCCUUUCCUAUAAGUAAUCUUUAAUUUAUGCUGCCACUUUAAACUGGUUGAUAAACCUCAUUUACUUCUAUAACUCCCCCCGCAGGUUUACAAGUGAUCUGGAGCUUCAAAAUUUGGACAAGGAAGAUGCCCUUAUUUGCUUCGAGGAGCAUAUUAGGAUGCUUGAGAGGGAACAUGACGAGGAAAAAGAGCGUGAAAAACGAAAACAAAAGCGUGCAAACAGAAAAAAUCGAGAGGCAUUUAUUGUUCUGCUCGAUGAAUUGCAUGAAAGGCAGCUCUUAACAUCGACUUCACUGUGGAAGGAUCUCUUUUCAAUCAUAAAUCGGUUAGUUUAUGCGUUGAAUAAUUGUCUACUACGGUUUGUUCUCUUGCCUUAAUGGUCACUCAUUCAAUAAUCGGGAUCUGUUAAAUCACUUCAUUCCAAAAAGCAUCUCCUUCCUAAUUUUGUGGUUUCAAAACUUAACCAGUUUUUUUUAAGAAAAACAAUUCCCACAUUUCGCGUAUUUUAUCAAGGCUUGAACCACUUCUCACAUAUUUAGCGGCCUUCAAACCACCUAGAGGCAAUAUAUAUCCUCAAAAGUGUGUGUGCGAACUUGGAGUAAAUUCUUCAGCACAAAACUUUUCUAAUUCGGCUAGAAAUUUGGAAUAAAUAUCAGGAUUUAAAUUCAUCAGCAUCAGCGGACUAACCGCGUUGUAUUCGCAAGUCGCCAACAGACAGUCAGCACCAUGCAGAUAUUGAUUUUUUUCAAGAUACGCGCAGUACCUAUAUUAGUUAAAAGCCAGUUUUGUGCCUUACUGACUUUCUGCUGUCCCGUAACGCCGCUGGUAUGGUAUGUCAAUCAGUAUCUGUGUAUUGUUGACCACAUGUUGGUAGAUGACGGAUAUUACCCAGUUUUCCGCCGGGAUUGAUUAAUUUCAGCGCAAAUAUUCCUACUAUCCUUCGGGUCGUAUCUGAAGGUGUUUGUCGCUGAUAAUUUUCCCCAGGUUCGUACAUUACUUUCUGAAGAAGGUCAAACCUGAACAUUGAAGGCCGGACAACGGGCCCAUGGCCCAGUGGUUAGUGCGUCGAACUAUUAACGGGUUCGGACCUCAGGUGCUCCCAAAUCAGGGACCGGCAGGCUGGCGGCGUCUAAGACGCCAUAAAUGACCAUCGCAGUCUCACAUGUACAGUAGAUGCGCUAACUCCUGAAACAUUAACCGAAAUUCUGAAAUGCGUUUACGGCUCAAAAAGAUUACUUAAGUAAUUUUGUGGAAUUUCUAACCGUGCAGCAUAAUCCCAAGAUAUUUCACUUACUUCGGAAUGCCGACUUUUGAACGAACUUCUUUUCGGCCGCCUGCAAAAAACUACAAUCUGGAAAAAAUGACUACUUAAGCUGUAUGAAUUUUCCUAAUUUAUUUUCGAUGCCAUGAUAAAUUCAAAUGUAUUCUAUAGAAAACAUGCAUAAAAAUAUUCAUCCGUCUACUCAUUUGGAAGAAAAUUAUGUCUUCUUCAGAUUUUAUACAUGAAUGAAGGGUACAAUUCAGUUUUAAGAAAGUUUCCAAUUAUGGGAUUUUUUAGGACCGUGAAAUGCCCUUUCAUUAAACAUCAUGUCUCCGAAUUUACCAGUGUUGCUUAUGAAGUUUACAAUAUGGCUCAGCUCCAGUGUUAAAUUUUAUGAACCCCAUACGGUCUCCUCUUAACAGCGUAGAUAAAUGUAUGAUUUCCUGUACACGGAAAAUAUACAGCUUGUAGUUUGGAAACCCUGAAUGCAAGUACUACGGCAGGUCGAGUUCGAAAUUAUUCGGAAAUCGGGAAAGUGUGAAGAGAGUGAAUACUUCUAUGCGUGCUUCCUGUUUGAAUUUAUAAGAACAUCGAAAAUAAAUUAGAAAAACUCAUGCAGCUUAAGUGUUCAUUUUUUACAGAGUGCAGUUUUUUUGCAGGCGACCGAAAAGAAGUUCGUUCAAAAGCCGGCAUCCCGAAGUAACUGAGUUAUCUUAGGAUUAUGUUGCGCGGUAAUUUAGACUACAACACUACCUAAGUAAUCCUUUCGAGUUGAGAACGCAUUUCAGAAUUUCCGUGGAAAUUUGAUGAGUUAGCACACGUGCUGCAUUUGCUGGAUAUCCCUUUGGUAUAUAUUGCUGGCCGCUAUGCGACCGACAGCGAGAUCUAUAUACUGAUCUCCAAGAAGCAACGGUACGAAUAAUUACAGUCGCCCGCUGUGCCUUGGAGCUCCAUAUGGAGCCCUCGCAGGCAGUCCCAUAACGACCAGAAGUAUAUGCAAGGAAGGGGAGUAUUAGAGGGACGAGAAAGACUGGGAUGGCUAUCUCAGGCUUGUUAGCCACCGUUAGCCAGACAUACCCAGCCCAAAAUCUGGCAUUUUAACUAUGCGUCUCUGGUCAUUGGGCUUCAAGUAGCCCAACGCUCUACCCUUUAGCCAUAGACUCGUUGUCCGGUUACUUGAGAUCGGGAAUGCUCGUCAACCAGUCGUGCCUCAACCUCAGGUUCUAAUAGCUCAGAAUCUGGGUCGGGACUCUUGCCGUUGGGCAUGAUAGUGAUGGCGAUUCUGUCGGACCCUCCAUGUAGUUUUUAGCUAAAUGCUCAGACACAUGUUUUAUCGGUGACAUGGCUGGCCUCUUCUUGCAACGAAUUCGUCUCCUCAGCGCCGCCUAUGGUUUUUCUAAUGCAUGAACUGCAGAUGUUAAUGUUAAACUGGUGCUUUGGGUAAUUAAGGGAGAGACCCGCAUUAUAAUGUCCCGAGAUCGGCUUUAUUAUGGUCAGCCUCAAAGUCGUAAGGAACAUUUAUUUUGAGGACAUCUGCGGAGUAUUAUUAUAAAGGCGAGUAAUGCCACUGGUAGUGUAAUUUUAUGCCAACUCCAUCAUACGUCCCCCGUCAUCUAUGUUUCCUUUAAGUGUUAGUAAGUAGCCAGUCAGAUCCAUGCGGAUGGGUGCUUUUGGUGACGAACCCCUCGCAACUGGGUCAUUCAGCCACAGAAUCCUGGUUCUUAGCUAAUAUAUAUGUUGGACUAUGGUAAAACCACCGUCCUGUAAAAACAUGCACCUAGUGGUAGAAUUGGUUUUACACGGCCAUUCUACAAAUGUUGGUUUUUUUCUAGAUCGACCAAAAAAUGUCGUCCUCCUGUCGUUUAACUCAAUCCUUCUACUUAUUUACAGACUUAUAUAUAUGCCCUAUCUGUGGGCAAAAGUCUCGCGUAUGUGUAUUGUGGGUUUUCACCAAACCCACAAUUUUUACUUUUUAGAACAAAUUUUAGCUGAUAUAUUUUUUCCAAAAAAUAGCUGUACAAAGUUUGUCUCAUGGCGCCGUCUUGAGAUAGUUCAGAAGCGAUAAAAACUGCAUGCUUCUUAAGGGGUUAUUUUUUGAUUGGGGUCGUCCUAAGAGGUUUAGAAAUUGUUCAGUACCAUUAUUGCACUUUGACCUUGGUUGCUGUGUGGUGCCUCCCGAGCGUAUCUAAAAGGGUAUAUAUUGAAAAACAGGCAUCGCAAGAAAUAUAAUUAGAAAGGUGAAGUUCUUUGGGAAGCAGCAAACUUUAUUGUGUAAAUUUUCUAGACUGGUUCUCCAGCUCGUCUUCAGACAUAUUCAGUUAUCUUCAGGUAUAUUUAUCGUCUCCGAAUCAGCCGUCUCCAUGUUGCACUUUCACGAAUGACCGCCAUUCAUCUCAGUCGAUCGCUGGCAGACAUCCAACCGAAGUUGAGUCAGUUGGCACAGCAGCCCGCUGUUCUUGGGGUCGGUUCGAGACAAUGAAUAUCUAAUAGAAGCGAAAAGAUAAAUUCCAGGAAGCAGUCCUGUCUCCUUCUCCACGAUGAAUAUCAUUUGGGCGCACGGGCCAUGUUUCAUGUCCAGCUAGACGGCAACUGUGACGGAAGCCGCUGAUCCUCACGAUCUGCUCUUCAGACUGCUCUCACAGUGGUUCCUUAGGCCUUAUCGAAGUCAGACGAAGCCCACGCGUGCUUAGUGGAUCCAAUGGCCGAUUCCAUUUCUAUCCAGUCUCAAAGCGUCCGAUUCAAACUAACAGAAGUUGUCCACUUGCGCAAGAGCUUCACUGCCAGUCGUGAUCGAUAGCGCAAUGCUUGGCAAUCAUAAUUUUUUUUAAAAAAAGUUGAUUUUCAGGUCGGCUUUGGCUACCGUCGGAUCUGUUAAAGACAAAGCACGCAACAUUUCUGCAGAGGAACUCGCCAAGACCGCAGUGUCAUCGGCUUAAUUCAGAUCCGGCAUUCACGAACCACGACAUCUCGGGGUGGUCUGGGAACGCGUGCCGAAGAGGACAGUUCAUCAUGUUGUUGAACAGAACUGUCGAAAGAUGCUAUUCUUGUUGGAAGUCAUAAGUAGCCGAAAAAAAUCCUUUCGUCGUCAUUUACACAACCAAUUUGACCCAAUUAUAAGGAACUCGGCGGCUUCGGUGGGGCUCGAACCCACGACGGCAGCGCCUAGUUUUGAGGACCGUCAACGUUCUAACCACCUGGGCUACAAAGCUUCUGCCGGGAGCCGUGAGUUUAACCACAUUUUGGGUCAUCUGGUAAAUUCUAGAUUAAUUACUUAGGAAGUCCUGCUUGGGCAGUCAACUCACCGUAUCAGAAUUUGUGGAUUUCAUACGUUGCAGCGGGCUGGACGGGUAACUUAACCCAAAUGUGACUAGACUCACGGCUCCCGAUGGGAUCCUCGUAGCUCACAUGGUUUGAUCGUUGAUUGUACUCAGUCCUUGGUCUUGGUGUAAUGCGUUCGAAUCUUAUCGAGAUCAGCGAGCUUUUCACAAAUGGAUGGAAUGAAUUAUUACACCCGUCGAUUUACACAACCUUUGGCUCCAAUCCCCUGACAGCACGCCCUGAAUCAUAGUAUCGGUGGCACUCCACUUAAUUUGGAUUUUACCACAAUUUUCGUCGGAAAUAUCUCUCCAAACAUUAUGUAGUACAAGGGGAGCGUUCAAAAACGGAGCCAAGAUUAAGAUAUCAACUAAGCAGAGGGAAGAUUAUUCUGCAGUUUCGAUCUUUAACGAGUGCAGAAAUUGAUCUCCGAAAGGGGAUACAGCUAAAACUUCGUUGGGUCGGACAGAGCAAUUUCUCCACUAGUAGAUCGCAAGGGAGUAAAUGCCCCUAAUUUAAUAAGUUAAUUUUAACUAAAUCAAUCAACUUGCCCUAAGCACCACCCAACAGUUAUUUCUUCGUCCACCAUUCCUUUUCAAGAGCUUUUUUCGAGUAAUGAAGGAUCAUCCCUGCACGCUUUAUUCAUGGCCACCAUCAACCCUUUAUUAGUUUUAUCGCAACGCCUACUUCUUUCACAACUGUGUACUUUUUUCCCCUCAACACCAAGCGAUGAACGCUUUCAUGCGAUGCUUGCCCAACGUGGCUCAACUCCCCUCGACCUCUUCAAGUUCUACGUGGAAAGUCUCAAGGCUCGUUUUCCCAUCGAGAAGAAGCUCAUUAAAGAAAUUCUGAAGGAGACUGGCACCACCGUCGAAUUAUCCUCCUCAUUUGACAACUUUAAGGAGGUAUCUAGCCAACUUCUUUUUUUCAUAUUUACCCUUUGUCGUCGCGUCCGCCAGUUUCGUUGUUUAAACACUGUGCAGGUGCAUAACAGUCCCCCCCCCACACACACAUAAUAGUUGGGCCGUCGAUUCCGACAAUGUCCACCGUGUGCCACACAGCAAGGUGAUAGUAGACUUGCGCAGCAUCUACCGCACUCUCCCCCCCUCCCCACCUGGACCCGGUUUCAAGAUAGAGUUAAGAAGACCGGAGGCGGGGGGGCCGCAGGCGGCUGGCACGGCCGGACCCGCGCCUAGGCAUGCCACCACGCCCCCACACGCACACACAUGGCCCUCUGGGAGUGCCUAACCGUAAUGCUUAAUGGGCCACUGGGCACUGACUCAAACCGAGAGCCUGCUACCGCUUGAUAUCAGGAUAAAUAGACCGAAAUUCUGAAGGAGACUGGCACCACUAUUGAAUUGUCCUCCUCAUUUGACAACUUUAAGGAGGUACCUAGCCAACUUCUUUUUUUAUAUUUACCAUUUCUUUGCCGUCGCGUCCGCCAGUUUUGUGCUUUAAACACUGUGCAGGUGCAUAACAGUCCCCUCCCCACACAUGAUAGUUGGGCCGUCGAUUCCAACAAUGUCCACCGUGUGUCACACAGCAAGGUGCAGCAGACAUGGUGACUUGCGCAGCAUCUACCGCACUCUCUUCCUCCCUCCCCACCUGGACCAGGUUUCAAGAUAGAGUCAAGAAGACCGGAGGCGGGGGGAGGGCGCAGGUGACUGGAACGGCCGGACCCGCACUUAGCCAUGCUACCACGCCCCCACGCGCACACACAUGGCCCUCUGAGAGUGCCUAACCGUAGUGCUUAAUGAGCCACUGGGCACUGAGUCAAACCGCGAGCUUGCUACCGCUUGAUGUGAGGAUAAAUAGACCGAAACGGCUAUUUUUAGUUAUUACGCACUCCGUCGUAAGUUAGCUUAUCAUUGAAAUUUUCCGUGGACACAUACGCCAAUUGUCGCUUUUUUUAAUUUCCUCAGAAAUUAUCUACGAAGUUAGAGUAGAUCAGUUUAUUCAAGGUCUAUAGGCUCAGACCGAGAAUUUUAUACAUGAAUUGCAUAAACUGAUCUACUCCAACUUCGUAGAUAAUUUCUGAGGAAAUUAAGAAGCGACAAUUUCUAAAUUGGAGUAUCUAUCAGAAAACGCACGGGGAAUGCUGGGGGACCCACAGCCGAGCCGAGCCCCUCGCAGCUGCGCCAUGCAGCGGCAAAACAUCCGCCAAACACGCGUGUAUGGGCUUUUGGCUAGUACUUGUGCUGUUAAUAUGGUAUCACCUUACCUAAACAUACGUCAAUCUCAUGCGCUGAGAACUAGCUGCUCGUUAGCAACAAGUGGGGCUUUCGGCAUCCCCUUAAAAAUGUGAUAACCUAGUAUUCGGGCUCUGGCCGUCAGGUUGACUUCAUUCUCGUCAAUUUAAUAUUUCGUAGUUGACUUCAUGGAAAACAGAUCGACGCGUGGUGCCGAAACUGACAGCACCUGUGGGUCAGAUCAUGUUCUCGUUCGCACACACACACCUGAAGGUUAACAUCUAAUGCGCGCUAGAAAUGUCUCGUGUAAGACGCCCUGAUGGCUGAAAGUCACAACGACUCAGCACAGUCGAGACUCGAAGCCCAGAAAUCCGGUCUGAUUUUGCGACCUGCCUGCCUCGAAGGGGAAGGCAGCAGCAGCAAGUGCCCAUCAUUUCACUUUUCAGUCUGCGAGGCAGCUGAGAAAAUUCUCAAAUUCCUCCUGCUGCGUCGUAAUUAAUGGGCUAGUUCAGCGAUCUCACAGAUGUCUAUCGGGGUGACGGGACGCGCUUGUGCCUUGGGGGUCAGUCAAGAUUCCUCGCAAGUAGCGGCGUAGUGACCAGUAAUACAUGCAGAGAAGGGAGCAUCGACAAAGACAAGGAGGCCUGGGUUAGCCACAGUGACCUCACAGAUGUCUAUCGGGGUGACGGGAUGUACUCGUCUCCUUGUGCCUUGGGGGUCAGUCAAAAUUCCUCGCAAGUAGCGGCGUAGCGACCAGUAAUACAUGCAGAGAAGGGAGCAUCGACAAAGACAAGGAGGUCUGGGUUGGCCAUUUCUCGUUUAUUAGCAGACAGCCGACAGGACAAUGGGGGCCCGUAGCUCAAUAAUAGUUAACUCUCAAGGAGCAAAGACUCCCGGUUCGAACCCCAGGCCAUCUAGGGAUGCGUAUGGCUGACUGACGAUGACGACAGCUUGUCGCCGAGCCUGGUGAUGGGUUUGUGUGUGAAUCCUAGACGCCUGCUGGGUAGUACUCUUGCCCCACUGAUCGAGUCUCCCUCCUCUAAUGGGUGUAGUUGCCUUGGCGGUCCCUACCCCAUGCGGGGACCGGUGUCGCGUAGACGAGGGAAAGGGGGGGGGACUACUGACCUUCGCAUUUGCACCCAUCUCUUCAAUGCCCUCAAUGGCUGUGUCUAAUCUUGCCCAUUUAACUUUUCAUUUUUUUGCUAAACAAUGCCCUUAUCUCCUUCAGCUCAUUCUCGCCGACGAGCGAGGCAAAGCACUGGACUUGGGAAACGUCCGACUGACCUUCAACAGUCUCAUUGAGAAGGCGCACGGCAGGGAGACUGAACGUCAGCGGGAGGAGGCGAGACGGCUGCGCAAGCAGGAACAGGCCUUCUGUGAGAUACUUCGUCAGAUCACAGAUCCACCUAUCCGUGCAGACACUCCCUGGGAGGUGGUCAGUGAGCGUCUCGGCAAUCAUCCGGCCUUUACGGUGAGACAGUGUAGGCCCUUUCUACCAGCGUAUAGCCGCCUGCCUGUUCGUACUGCUCGGUUAUCCGAGUUUUCGCGCUCACUGGGGGGCGGGGGGGGGUUGAUUUGAGGCAUUCAUGCCCUCGUUUGGGGUGCAUUUUGACAGCCCCAUGUCCCAGUACGAGUCGUUAUUCCGUCGGCCUUCUCUCAUAUGGCGCGGAAUGACGGUCACUGACUGAGACCUCGGUCUGGACUAGGUUGUUCUUCAUCUUUGGAGAUGUUAUUGCAUUCUAUAGCAGCAUACUCCCCCCUCCCCCUCGUUGCAUGGAACACGGGGGUGAAACUAGUGUGUGUUCGUCAUGCCACCCCAGCGUACAGUAGGUGUGCUACCUCAUUAAAUGUCACAAGAAAAACCCUAUAAUGUAAAAUCCUGUGAGACACGGUUAUAUAACCUCACCUGAUGGUUAUGGUUAGGUGUUAGGGUUAGGGCAACUAUUUUUCAACCAAUCAAAGUACAACCGCGCAUUCCCAAUAGCUUUUCUUUUGCAUACUUGACCUCGUCACCUGCGCGUUCCCCGGCCCCACCUGUAUUAAUCGCCAUUACCACCGGUCCCGUAUUACAGAUGGCAUGCGUUUAUUUACUUCUGGUAGUGCCACAUAGCCGCAUCUGACCAAGCCCGGUUUCCCAGUAAACCGCUAUAUCAACAGUAGUCCCAGGAGGAGGGUAGUCAUAUAGCUACGCCUGUAAUCUAAAGCAUCACGGAUGAUUGUUUUGUUUUAAUUAUAAACUAACUGCGGGACGAAGAAAUACCUCCCCAAUGGCGCCUCUACCAGUAAUACGGGCGUAGCUCACUUCCUCUGAACUUUUUUCUGACAGGUGUGUUAAACCUGCUAGAGAGAUUCCACGUAAGCAAACAACACCGCUUAGUUUGUCUCACUUUUUGGCUCAAGUGAUUUAGCCAAUCAUCUUGCGAGUUGCUCAUAUCCAUUUUGUUGUUGACCUUGUUAUUGAAACAGCCCCUUCUCUGCCUGUCUCCUAACACGCUCUACGCACUUUUGACAGGCCUUAGGACUGGCGUCGGUGGGCUUGAGACGCGAAUUCGUGUUCACCCAAAAAACCCUUAUCCUUCAUAACUCGCAAUGACAUUCAGUGGUCCCAGUUCUGUCCUCGGUUAUCGUUUCUUGAAACACAGCCACAGAUGUUCAUCGGAAGAGUCCCGAACUGUUUUUUUUGGGUUUGCCUCAAACAGCUGCCCGCGAGUGUUGACUUGGUCCACGCUUAUUAGGAUUAACUCAUGAGUCUGGUUGAAGGCAUUUUCGGAUUUCGCCUCUAUCUCUGAUCGCCUAAACCCAGGGCGAAGUCAAGGAAGUUUUUUGGUCGAGCGAAUUUUACAAAUUCAGUGACCUAUCGAGAGGCAGGUGUAGACAUUCGUGGGUCAAUUCGGCCACAUGCGCCCUCAUGCAAAUCUGAUAAGUCACCGCCGACCAAACCGCGUCACUACACAUCUCCCCACCACCCCCAUAUACCUGUAGUGGCUAAGCGGAGAGUGUACUCAGAGAGUUAAAAUCAUCAGGUCAAAUCCCGAUUUGUAAGGAGAAGACGGAAGUCAGUUGAACAAACAGCGUGUAACCGUGCGUAGUUAUAUUUGACCUCUACCUGUCAGCGCUCUAUUUCCAAUCUGACACGCUUAUCUAUUCGGUUAGGACCGUGCGAUUGUAUGUCGGUGCCCGGAAGCCCUCUGCCGUCGGGAGAUGUGGAUUUUGCCGUGGUCUCAAAUUCGAUGUCCUGAAUUGUCAUCUGAGGCGGCAGUGGCGGGCUGGCGUUGACUGCGUCCAGUCAUGUCUGAGAGUCUUUGAGAGACAGUGGUGCCAGCCGCCUUUGUAGGAGUAAGCUCGAGCGGUGUCCGACUGACGUGUGUUGCAUUUCCCGAGGGGGUGGCGUUCAAGUAGCCUGUGCUGUGUUGGCAGGGGGAUGGUGUGUUCAAGUGGCGCAUGGGCAGCUGCGACUCUAGGGACGCGUGUGGAUCCGAGUUGAAGUCGGCCAAGUGGUUGCAGGUCAGCGCGUCUGGAACCGCUAGCUGUGAAGGCGAAUGGCCUUGACGCGGCGGGGCCAUGGACACAAGGACGCCAGAAAUGGCCAUGAUGGCUGUCGGUAACAUACCACGCGCGAACCCGUCCCACAUCACCCACCACAGGCACGUGAUAGGCACCUCGCGUAAGUGGGAAAUGUGUGUAGUGCGGAGGACCAGGCUGUGCGUGGCACGCGCAGACGGGCCGUCUAGUUCUGCCAACCACCUGCACCUGAUUCCCGCACCCGGUGACUGACCGGCUCGGACAGUGGACAGUGCCUGACAGAGGAAGGAGAGAGAGAGGUCAAUUCUGUAGACCCCGUCCCCAGUGCAUAGUUCCAUACCUAAACAACCUGACGCGCUUUUAAACUAUCACAAUGCGCUAAAAACAAUGACUUUUAAAGUUGCCAACUGACGGGACAACUCAAUCCUCCUUUCAUAACGGAGAACCGGGCUGCAAUGGCCCCUUAAUGUGCCCUCUAUGGCGUCCUCGCCCUGUUGGGAUCCGAUUCUUGUUUCUGUGGAAACCGGACGUGUAUGGCACGCGCAGGCCGGCUGUUUGCUAGUGCACCCGAUUCCGCCGCCGAUCUCCUUGACUCCGCCUUGACACCGAACUCGGGCAGUUGAGGGAGGAGAGAGUGCGGAAGAUGCAGCCCAAGUCCAUCAUCACUGUCAGUUAAUUCACGAGUUAGUUACCGUCCCUGCGCCUCCUCUGCUGUCGGUGAUGACGAUUGAACUGUCGUCUCCGUGGGUGUACCGCCCUGCAGACUACUGGGAACCGCAGUCUGUGCUUUGACUGACUGCGCGGAAGGGCCUUAUCCAUUUAGAUUCGAUCCUCUUCGAGGCUAACACCUGAACAUUACUAUCGCGCUUAUCUGCCUCCCGCAUAGGUUUGUCACUUGUCCGCAUACAUUGGCACAAGUUUUGGAGUACCUCGUUAAUUGCGGUAUGGUGCUGUUUAUUCCGUUCUCCGUAUGAGUUCGUGGAGUAGUGUUGUGAACGCUCUCAUGACCCCGUCCGAGAUUUCGUCCUUCCGGUGGCGGUGGCGGUGGUGACUUAUAACAAUGCCAUUAGCAGAAGGGAUAAUCUUUCUAAGCCUUUGUGGACGGCCUCGGCAUUGCAUUAUUUGCUCACGGUUUGUUGCCCCUCACUGGCUCUCCUAAAUGUUGUGUCCUUAUGUUUCGAUUGAAGGCGAUUACCUUGGAAUCUGAACGUAUCAGGGUCUUCAAAGAGUACAUUCUCGCCUUAGACUCGGUAGACACAGGAGCCGGCGUCUACGCUGUGGAUGGCUCAAAAUCCCGCCGCUCCAAAGCCCACAAGACUCGGUGAGUUUUCUUGCUCCUCUGCCCCACUCUCGAGCCUUGUUUUCUCCUCUUAACCUACCAAUGUUUUAACCCAAUACAGAUCUACAUCGAGAGAGGGCGACUCCCAGAGUGAACUGGAUGCCCGUGGCGAUGGCAGUUCGAGAAAAGACCGCUCUAAACGCUCGCGACAUCGUGCCGCCUCAAAGAGCGGCAGUGAGGACACCGACUUGGCGCCGAGCUCGAAGAAGAAGCACAAGAAGACCAAAUCGAAGUCGAAGAAGUCCAAGAAGUACAAGUCAAAGCAUCGAGAGGACAAGAACAGAGACACCGCCAGCCCUCCAGCCCAGUUAUCAACGUCAGGCGCCUCCAACUCUAGGAGCCAGAUAGCCAGCGCUGGUGCUGUUGGCGGUGGUGGUGGUCCCGACGGUGAGCUGGAAGAGGGCGAAGCAGCUGAUGAGGACUUCGAGGAGGAGAGGACCCACGAGGCUGAAGAGGAGAAUGGUGAAGAGGAGGAGGGUGAGAUUGCCUAUCGUUCCUCCUCUUCCAAGAAGGCGCACAGGCAUCGUCAACGACAGACACCCACGCCAGAAGACGGCGAAGCGAACAGCAGCCUGAGUGAAGACGAGGCCUACACCAGUCGAAGUAGCAGUCGGCGGCGACGACGUCGUUCUUAA